CUGCGCAGGGCGAACGGAAACGGCGGCGGGACCGGCCCGGCUCGGCCGGAGGCGCCGGUAGUGACCGAGUCCGCCCGGCCCGGGCUCCUCCUAGGCCGCCGGCCCCAUGGAGACCGGCACCACCAUGGACUUCCAGGCGGCUGCGCUCCAUGCCUCCGGCGGCGGCAGCGAUGAGAGCGCGGAGCCGCGGGCCAUGGACACGGAGGACGGACCGGACGCCCCUGAGCGCUGUGCGGGCGGCGAGCGGCCGGAGGAGCCCUCCCGUACCGCCCCGCAGCCCAGCAGCGGCUCCGGGCCAGAGGGGCCGGGGCCCGCCGCUGCCCCGGAGCUCGCGGGAGGCGCGGGCGGACGGACCGAGCUGUGCCGGGGGUCGGGAAGGGCGAUGGAAGCGGAGGCGGUGCCCGAGGUGCCGCAGGGCUCUGCCCGCUGGGAGCCCGGCGCCGGGAGCGCCCCUCGGGGCACGGGACGCUCCCGGACUCCCAGCAGCGCCGACCCCGCGGGCAUGGAGCUGGAUGAGACUCCCGAGCCCUGCUCCCGCCCCGCACCGAGGGCCGAGUGGACCGAGGAUGUGGAGGACGAACCCUCGGAGAUCCAAGGACUGCUGGCUCAGCUUGAGACCCUCGAUCCCAACUUCCGUGACUGCCCAUCCGCCCCAGAGCAGGGCUCAUCAUCCCCCUCGGGCGCUGGUGCCCGGCGGGGCCGCGGGCAGUGCCCGGGCAGGUGCGGGCCGUGCCCGCUGCACGUAGCCACGGGCCGGGGCCUGGCGACGCGUCCCUGCUGCCCGCAGCACUCCGCCUGCGACCGGCCCUGCCACGGGCUGCUCUUCGCCGAAGCUGACCGGGAGGACUUGCUGAGCCUCCUGUGCUACGAGGGGGGACUGCCCAAGGCUGGUGCCGAGACCCCCUUGGCCCACUCCGAUGUCCUGACUGGGACCAACCUGGAGAUGCUGCAGGCUCAGGAGGAACCAGCCGCUGUGGAGAAGCCUGAAGGGCUGGGGAGGCCAGAGAGCUCAGAGGAAGAACCUUCUGGCAGCUGGUGUUAUGGAGAGGGGCUUUGCGAAGACAAUUCUGCCUGUGACGGUGCUUGGGAAGGUUCCCCGGAGCCGGCAUGGGCAGCCCUGCCUUCCGCUCUGGUGCCCGGGACAGAGCAGCCACCUCAGGGCGCUGUGACUGACAGGGAAUCCCCAUCAUCCUGCCCAGCCUUCAAAGAGGUUCCAGGCCCUUGUGACCCAGAGGACUUGCUGGAUGGUGUGAUUUUUGGGGCCAAGUACCUGGGCUCUACGCAGCUGGCCUCGGAGAGGAACCCCCCGACCAGCGUCCGCAUGGCACAGGCCCAGGAGGCCGUGGACAGGAUCAAGGCACCUGAGGGGGAGUCCCAGCCCAUGACGGAGGUGGAUCUGUUUGUCUCCACACAGAGGAUCAAGGUGCUCACUGCUGACACUCAGGAGGCCAUGAUGGACCACUCCCUCCAGACCAUCUCCUACAUUGCUGACAUCGGCUCCCUCGUGGUGCUCAUGGCGCGUCGGAAGCUGCCGCAGCGCUCGGAGGUGGCGGAGGAGAAGCGGCUCUACAAGAUGAUCUGCCACGUCUUCCACUCGCCUGAUGUGAGGCAGCACACGGGUCCCUGGCGUGGGGAGAGGCAGAAACACAGCCUGAGCAUCUCUGUGCCACGCAGAGCCCCAGCCCAGGUCGUCGCCCAGGCCAUUGGGCAGGCGUUCGGUGUGGCCUACCAGCGCUUCCUGGAGGCCAACAGCAUCAACCCCAGCGAGCUGAGCCCGCGGCAGUACAGCCGUGCCCUGGAGGACCAGGAGCAGUACAACACAGAGCUGACCCACUUCUCCCGGCAGGAGAACUGCAAGGAUGUGUGCAUCCGGAAGCAGAAGGGGGAGAUCUUGGGCAUCGCCAUUGUGGAGUCGGGCUGGGGCUCCAUCCUGCCCACCGUGGUCAUCGCCAACCUAAUGCACGGGGGCCCCACAGAGCGCUCGGGCGAGCUGAGCAUUGGGGACCGCCUCAUGUCGGUCAACGGGACUAGCCUGGUGGGGCUGCCCCUGGGCACCUGCCAGAGCAUCAUCCGGGAGCUGAAGCACCAGACUGAGGUGACACUGAACAUUGUGCACUGUCCCCCUGUCACCACAGCUGUCAUCCGACGCCCUGACUCCAAGUACCAGCUGGGCUUCUGUGUUGAGAAUGGUGUGAUCUGCAGCCUGAUGCGUGGGGGCAUCGCAGAGCGGGGUGGCAUCCGUGUGGGGCACCGCAUCAUCGAGAUCAACGGGCAGAGCGUGGUGGCCACACCACACGAGAAGAUCAUCCAGAUCCUCACCGAGGCAGUCAGCGAGGUGCACAUCAAGACCAUGCCAGCCUCCACGUACCGUCUGCUGACAGGGCAGGAGCAGCCCCUCUUCCUCUGAGCCACUAUGCCUGGGGCAGGCAGGAGCAAGCCCAGGGCUGCAGGGGCAGGACUGGCUCUGACUUCUGCCCCAGCCCUGCAGCAGAGCCCUCAGCAGGGCCCAAGUCUGCACCUCUUUUGUUUUACUCAGGACACAGUGGGACACUGGGGGCUGAUACCCAGCCUAAGCAGCAUCAAGGCCUGUGGUGCCACGCUUCGGGCACCUCUCCCGCUCCAAUUACCUCUCCCCCCUCACAGUGCCUGCACAGUGCCUGUCCUGCUGCUGCACAGGGUCCCUCACCUUGGCCUUGUGCUUGUGGGAGGAGAGGGGGCCCUAUGUGAAAGUUCCCCCCACCCAGUCACUAACUAUUGUACUUUUACACUCACCAACAGUGCCUUUCCCAAGGUGGGGAUGGAGCUGGAAGCACAGCUCAACUCCAGAGCUCAGCCAGCACAGCCCCAGAGUAGCCGCACAGCCAUGUGGGGGGGUGCACACUGGCACCCCUGAGGGAUACCCAGCAACUCCCAGACUCAGCCUUAAAGGCAGAAGCACUCUUGGCACCUCCUCUACUCCUGUGGCUUGGCCAGAGGCCUGUUGGGCUGCAAACUCUCUAUUAGACACAUUGCACCAAGCUGGGAACCUGCCUCAGCUUGUCCCUGGUGUUGCCUUGAAUCACUCUGCAUGCACAGUCCAGCCCAGAGCCACAGCCCUUGGAGCAGCAGAAGGGAACAUGGCAUUGUCCAGCCCCAUAUCCCGAGAGUUUGAGACUGUGAGCCUUUUUGUGAACAGCUCUCUGGCCCCCAGGGCUGCAGCAGUGCUGACUUGGCUGUGCCUGUGUGCUUGGUUGCUCUAAAAAUUAAAAUUUUGGGACAUA